CCCCCUUCCUAUGCCCCUGCAAUGAGUUAAACAUUAGGGUACAUGCAUAAUAUACUUGAUUCUAGUUUUCAAACUGUAAUGCUAAAUUAUUUGUUAUACUUUGCUCCAAUUACCAUCAUAUUAAUUUCUGUUUAUUAAUUACUGUAAUAGGGCAGUAUUACAUUUGUCGGGGAAGCAAUUCCCAUAUACGGAUACCCAAGGAAGCAUUAUACAUUAAUGCAUAAAUGCUGAAACUUGCUUCCUUAUCCAUUGCAUGUGCUACAUUAAAUUCUGGAAUAUUAGAACAUGUAGUUAAUUGGAAAAGGGAAAUAAAUGGUUGGCGUUUCCACAGAUCUCCAUGUUUAAAAUAUUCUUGAAGGUGAUCCCCUGAAGAGAAAAUGUGCUCGCUGAAUUAUCCUUCUAGACAGUUUGCUUCUAAGGAUCUAUUCAGACUUCUGCUUUUUUAUUUUUAUGGAAAGGCAUUAUAAGAGAAAAAAUGGCCUAAUCUUUUUAUCUCUGUCUUCCCCUCUUUUCCCUGGUGAAAAAUGUAAUAUCUGAAUUGGUCCUUUGAGGCAAACAGUGUGGUUAUUUGUCUCUUCUGCGGUGCUUUUUUCUGUAUCCUAAGGCGUAAGCUCAAAGUAAUUCAAUUCCCCACAUUACUUACCAAUGUUGGGUCCAACUUAAUGUAUGCAUAUAUGAUAAACAAUUGCUACCUUUGGAUUUAUUAUUACCACUUUGAUUAAAAUGUAUCCUUAUUUGACUGCAGUCAUAAACAUACGUGCUGGGCAGUAAAUUCAACUUAAAUCACUCCAACUUUCAAGAAGGAUUGUUUGUCAUUAGGAAAUAGUUGUAUUUAUUAUUCUAAUGAAAGUGUUAGCAUUGUAGACUUUCAUUCUAAAAAUUCUUCAGGGUCCAACUUUCCUCUGCUUCAUACUUUGCAUUAUUGAUGCAAAUUUAUGUGGAUCCUUUUCCAAAAUGUUUAUUGUGUCAUAAACACUACUUGCAGAAUUGAUAAGAUGUUUUUUAUAUUAAACAAAGCUGAAAUAUUAUAUUCUAGCUCAUUAUUAAAUCAUUUUAACAGUGCAAUUCUUGUACAUUAUGUUCAAUGUGACAUGGUCCCAGGUUAGUUCAUAUAGGACUAAAAAUAGAAGUUUGUCAAAUUUAAUGUGGCCUACCCAACUCAUUUCUUACUUGAAAAGUAACACUCCUUUUAAAAAGCUUCCAGAACAGUUUUAAAAUAGGACAUUUAGAAGGAUGUACUUAUAUAUUUAGGGUUGGGCGGUUUGUUUGUUUUUUGUUAUCUUGUAUAAAUCAACUUUUACCUUUGCAAGAAUCACAAUGAUCCAUAGUGUAUUGCUUGUACAUUACUCAAUAUUUCUUAGUUGUCUCUGCUUAGCAAUGCUAAAACUUAAACUUCAGAGGCAAAUAGUUAACUUACAGAGGCGUUCAGUGGAUUUAUUACACAUUUCUUCCUAUCUAGUGAGCCUCUGCACUGAAUUAGGUUGCCUGGACUGGCUAGAGGUAGAGAGAAAUCUGGAAGGCACUUUGCUAGCAAUUACACAGCCCCUUUGCAAUUCUUCUUAAUUAUUUCAAUUCAAGUAGGUUGCAUUUAAAAGUGCUGCUGUAUUUUGACCCUGAGGGCUUGUGUGGGAGGAAUUAAGGGUGUGAGCAUUUUGAGUAGGUGAACUUCUAAAGAGCUCAACGUGUAAACAGGUGUUGUGUGAAAAUAAGUAAUAAUGUCUGUGUCUGAGGGGAUUGACUUCAAUUUCUUGUUUCAUCAUGCCAACUUUCUAUUGUUUAGGAAUUCUGCUCUUUUAACUUACUGAAUUUUUGUCCUUGUUUUGUUCUUAUUGGUAUGCUCUUGGGGUUUGCUCUCCAUUUCUUCUUCUGUGCAAUAUGGGAGAGAGGCUGCCUUUUCUUCUCCCUCUUUCCAGAAUAAGGGCAUCUGAAUGCAUGAAUAGGCUGUCCAUACAGGCAUGAGAGCUUAUAUCUAUAACAAGAGUUCUGUUAUUGGCUCUCAGGCAGAGCAUUCAGGGAUGCGCACGUACUACUUUAGUGCAGAUACUCAAGAAGAUAUGAAUGGUUGGAUCCGUGCUAUGAAUCAAGCUGCUCUUAUGCAAACACGUUCAUCACCAAAGAGAGAAACAGGAAAUCCAGAUCAGCAAGCUGUUCCUCAAGCUAAUCAUGUGGAUGCCUGCAAACAAUGUGGAAAGUUAGAUUCUGCUGAUGCAAAAGGAUGUUAUAGAAAAUCUCCUGAAACCUCUGCAUAUGAUAAGCAUGAAGAGAUGAGAAAAGCAAUAGAAGAUGAGCAUUAUGCUGUCAGGAAGAACAUGGUGGAAUCAAAAAGGGAGAAAUCUAAACAUCCAUUGAUAUCGGAAGUUGGCACAUUGAAUACAGAGUCAAGUCUGUCUCGGUCCCAGAGAGCUCAGCCUGUUGAGAAGAAUGGAACACUUUCCAAUUCGUUAAAUACAAGUCCUGGCCUAGUGGAGCAGAAUGGUAUCGGUUUAUAUAAACAAGGAUUUGUUUCCAGACCAGCUCAAAAAAAGCAGACACAGAGGAAAAACAAUAUGGCUCACAUAGAGCAUUGGGUAAAAGUCCAAAAAGGAGACCCCAAAAGUCUUGCAUCUGAUCAGUCCCUUAUUCGCCAAGUGCCCAGUCAUUCCAUAUCUUUUCCUGAGAAUUAUCAUACCUUGCCAAAGAAUACCAGGCAGCCUUCAGGAAGUUCACCGCCCUCAAAUCGCAAUCUGCCAAGUGACUACAAGUAUGCUCAAGACCGGGUUAGCCACUUGAAGAUGUCCCAUGAUGAGAGACGAGCUAACAAAGAUGGUACUGUGUGGCAGCUGUAUGAGUGGCAACAGAGACAGCAGUUUAAACAUGGCAGUCCCACAGCACCUAUUUAUAUUGGUUCUCCAGACUUUACAGACCGUAGUAAGGGAAGAAGUUCAUUAGAUGUUCCACGUUCAGUUUCUGUUCCCCCAUCUCCUUCUGAUAUACCACCACCUGGGCCCCCUAAAAUUUUUCCACCUCGAAGACCACACACCCCUGCAGAAAGGGUUACUGUCAAACCAUCUGAUGAGAGACCAAUGAUAGAUGUUCCUUUUGCUGGAUCACCCAUGAAGAUUCGAAGUCAAACUAUAAAAAACUCAGCACACGUAGAUAGGCGUUCCAUGCCUACAAUGGGAUAUAUGACCCAUACUGUAAGUGCUCCAAGUUUGCAUGGGAAAUCGCCUGAAGAGCUAACAUUGCUUCUCAUUCGAUUAAGGAGACAUCAGGCUAAGUUGGCUAGUAUACGAAAUUACACAAUCGCCCAAUUACUACAGCACUUGCCAACUAAUUCCUCUUACCAGGCUGAUGAUACCUACAUCCAGCUGAAGAAAGAUCUUGAAUAUUUGGAUUUGAAGAUAAAAAAUAAUGGACCUCUGAUCAACAUGGUUUACAAAGUUCUAAAGAGCUCAGCACAAGGGUUACUAUCCAGUAUAAAUGUAACAGGGCGUGAUACAAUAAAAGAACGAAAUGCGAAACCCAUCAGGAUUGGAGAAAGUGAUAUUGAUGUGAAACUAAGUGUUCUGUGUGAACAAGACAGGAUUCUACAAGACCUAGAAGACAAAAUAAGAGCCCUGAAGGAAAAUAAAGAUCAGUUGGAAUCUGUCCUGGAAGUGCUGCAUAGGCAGAUGGAACAAUACAAAGACCAACCACAGCACACAGAAAAGAUUUCAUACCAGCAGAAACUUUUGCAGGAGGAUCUCGUACAUAUUCGGGCAGAAAUAUCCAAAGUAUCUACAGAAAUGGAAAAUGCCUGGAAUGAAUAUCUGAAACUGGAAAAAGAUGUACACCAGCUGAAGCAAGCCUUACAGGAACAAAUGAACAGAUCGUUUUUUUCUCAGGAGAAAGCCCAAAUGCAAAAAGAUUUAUGGAGAAUAGAAGAUGUUACGGCUGGCCUAAGUGCAAACAAAUCCAACUAUAAAGUCAUCAUAGAGUCUAUAAAGAAUCCAGAGAGAAAAACAGUGCCUUCGUUUUCAAAACCUCUAGUGCCUUCAUUAUCAUCUACUCUCAUGUCAGGGGACAGCAAACUUUCUACUCAGCAAAGUUCACCAUCUAGUCCUGUCAAGCCCUCUUUAGAAGUCAGACUUCUUCCGCAGCCUUAUACGCAACCUAGAAUGUUCUCGCCAUCCCAGCAAAUGAAAAAAGUUGAGCCUCCAGUUCAGUCACCUGUAAAAUUAACGCCAAAUGUUGAAGACGAAGCGCCACCAAGACCUCCUCUUCCACAGUUGUACAGCCCUGAUGACCACCCACCAGCCGUCCCACCUCUUCCCAGGGAAGCCACUGUCAUCAGGCACACCUCAGUGCGGGGCCUGAAACGCCAGUCAGAUGAAAGGAAACGAGACCGUGAACUAGGGCAGUAUGUCAACGGAGAUUACAGGGUAGAACUCCGCUCAUAUGUGAGUGAACCUGAACUGGAAACAAUAGGCAGUGAUCUGAGCCAACCUUCUGCUGGUUUUCUAGGUACUGACAGUAGAUACCAAACAUUACCUAGCAGAGGAUUAUCUGGCUCAACUUCCAGACUGCAUCAGUCAUCAACAGCUUCAUCAUAUGCAACAUUUCGAAGAGAUGGUUCCAAGGAUAGACCGAAGAGUGCCUUGGAACGUUUAUACUCCGGAGAUCACCAAAGAGGCAAGAUGAGUGCCGAGGAACAACUAGAAAGAAUGAAACGACAUCAAAAGGCAUUAGUUCGUGAACGCAAGAGAACUCUUGGUCAAGGAGAAAGACAGUCUGUCUCGUCACGAUCAUUCGUCCGGCCUGUUUCUGCAGACGUAGGCUCAUGGAAGCGGGAACAAGAAUUUGACUUGCAGCUACUGGAAAGAGCUGUGCGCCCAGAACACAAAGAGGAAAAUAACUGGCUAAGAGUUGAACCUGUGUUGGUGACAGAAGCAGACCUAGAACCUCAAGAUUAUAAUUUGGAUAUUAGCAGAGAGUUGUCAAAACCUGAAAAGGUUGCAAUUCCAGAGCGAUACGUUGAGCUGGAACCUGAAGAACCCCUUACUCCAGAAGAAUUAGCAGCAAGGCACCGUAACACAGAAAAAAUAAAGAAUAUUCUUACAAGGUCAAGAGGUUUUUUAAACUAUUCUUUAACCCCUAAGUCUGAAGAGUUGCUGAGGAGAGAUGGCCUCCUUUUCCUGGCACAGUUUCCAGUUCUGGGCUUCUCCCUGCAGCUUACACUGCAGCAAAAUAGGCUAAUGAAUACUGCUAUUGAACUGCUCAUCUCCCUCACCUUCCUGCAUGUACAGCCUGGAAGCAAGGCAAGGCUCAACUGCUAUGAUCCACCCUGGGCAUUGCUUGGCAAUGCCCCAUUGCCCCAUGAUGUUCUGAAGCAUCUCACAACAGCCAUGAAAUGGCCUCCAGUAGCAUCCAGAACCCAAAGAUGCCAAGAGAACAAUGCAAGAACUGUGAAUUAUAAACUGAAAGGGUUCCCUGGAGCGUCUCCUGUGUUUAAAAUUUAAGUGUAGCCAGAGGUAGUGGCUCCCACAGACUGGUUUUUUUCCUAGGAAGCUAAUGUCUCUCACUUGGUGAAAGCUAGAGAAACCAGCUGAAACUUCAUUGCAGUACAUGAGGUGCAGGGUUGGAAUGGGACAGCAAAGAUUAAUUACUACACUGAGACUCAAUUUUUCAGGCAAAACAAAAUAAAAAAUAACAGCUCUAUUCUCCUCCUCUAGAGGAAGCAACUCUCCAGCUCUACUUUCUGCUGAGCAGAAGAACUUUCGGUUUCAGGUCUUUGAAAAUAUAUCUGUACAUUGAU